CCUUGUAAAACCACGUCUCCCUUAAUUAUAAAUAAAAAAAAAACAAAAAAACAAAAAAACCACGUCUCCCUUGAGAAAAUCCCCUUCACACCUAAAAUCUCCCCAGACUCAGUCGCAAUUAAAGCACCCAAAAUUUCAUUAAAAGAAAUCCCUGAUUCUAUCUCUUCACAAUUCAUAUUUGGUCUCUCUCUCUCUCAGGCCCGACCCAUUUAGAUUGGCCAAAAUUUACCAUUUCCAGCUCAUCUCUCCCCCUCUUAGUCUAAACAACCCAACUUGCCUCCUCCAUCUACUCCGUCUAUCACGACCCAGAGAGAGAGAGAGAGGAGAGAGAGGAGAGAGAGAGAGAGAUUCCAGAGAAAACCCACUUCUCCUUUUGAUCUGAUCUCUCUGUUUUUGGGGCUUGUGAGUUGGUCCGCCAUGGCGGACAUAGUGAAGCAGAUCCUUGCCAAGCCGAUUCAAUUGGCGGACCAGGGGAUAAAGGCCGCCGACGAGGCGAGUUCCUUCAAGCAGGAAGGCGGCGAGGUCAAGGCCAAGACGGAGAAGCUCGCGGGGCUGCUGCGGCAGGCGGCUCGCGCCAGCUCCGACCUCUACGAGCGGCCCACGCGCCGGAUCAUCGACGACACCGAGCAAGUCCUCGACAAGGCCUUGUCCCUCGUCCUCAAGUGCCGAGCCAACGGCCUUAUGAAGCGAGUCUUCACCAUCAUCCCCGCCGCGGCCUUCCGCAAGAUGUGGUCCCAGUUGGAGAAUUCCAUUGGCGACGUCUCCUGGCUUCUCCGGGUCUCGGCUCCGGCUGAUGCCCGCGACGACGGAUACCUUGGCCUGCCUCCCAUUGCCGCCAACGAGCCAAUUCUGUGCUUGAUAUGGGAACAGAUUGCCAUUCUCUUCACCGGCUCGCUCGAGGGCCGAUCCGACGCUGCAGCCUCGCUGGUUUCGCUUGCCAGGGACAAUGAUCGGUAUGGGAAGCUCAUCAUUGAGGAAGGAGGGGUUGGACCUCUUCUGAAAUUGAUCAAAGAGGGUCAACUGGAGGGCCAGGAGCAAGCCGCCAGGGCAAUUGGGCUGCUCGGGCGUGACCCCGAGAGCAUCGAGCACAUGAUCCACGCCGGUGUCUGCUCCGUGUUUGCGAAAAGCCUCAAAGACGGGCCGAUGAAGGUUCAGGCUAUGGUGGCGUGGGCGGUGUCCGAGCUUACCGCGAACUACCCUAAAUGCCAAGAUCUUUUUGCCCAGAACAACAUAAUUCGUUUGCUUGUUGGCCAUCUUGCUUUUGAAACUGUUCAAGAGCAUAGUAAGUACAACAUCAACAAAACCACGUCUAUCCACGCCGUUGUGGUUGCCAGCAACAAUUCCAACAACAACGAUAUGAACAAGGCAAACGGCGAUGACAAGCAGAACCAGAAUCAGAUUUCUCAUCCACUCGGAAAUCGCAGCCCAAGCCAAAUGUACAAUGUGGUUACCAACACCAUGGCGAUGAAGGCAGGGUCCAAACCUCUCCAACAGAUAAACAACGGCGCAAAUCAGACCAACCAGGCCAAGAACAACAACAAUGGCAACGCAAAGCAAAAUUAUCAGCACCAACCGCACAAUCAGCAGAAUCUUUCCCUCUCGGGGACAAGCAUUAAGGGAAGGGAAUUGGAAGACCCUGCCACCAAGGCCAACAUGAAAGCCAUGGCAGCAAGAGCACUUUGGCUUCUUGCCAAGGGAAACUCAUCUAUUUGCCGCAACAUAACGGAAUCAAGAGCGCUGCUAUGCUUCGCGGUGUUACUGGAGAAAGGACCUGAAGAUGUCAAAUACAAUUCGGCUAUGGCAUUAAUGGAGAUCACAGCAGUCGCAGAGAAAGAUGCUGAGUUGAGAAGAUCUGCAUUCAAGCCGAGUUCACCCGCUUGCAAAGCCGUAGUUGAUCAAUUGAUAAACAUCAUUGACAAGGAAGAUUCAGAACUCCUGAUUCCAUGUGUCAAAGCUAUCGGGAAUUUGGCGAGGACAUUUCGAGCCACGGAGACAAGGAUAAUUGGCCCAUUGGUGAAGCUGCUUGACGAAAGAGAAGCUGAGGUUUCUAGGCAGGCUUCAAUUGCACUCGCAAAGUUUGCCUCUUCGGUAAACUACCUUCAUCUGGAUCACUCCAAGGCAAUAAUUAGUGCUGGAGGGGCUAAGCACUUAAUCCAGCUAGUGUAUUUUGGAGAACAAAUUGUUCAAAUCUCUGCAUUGGUUCUCCUGUGCUACAUUGCACUGCAUGUACCAGAUAGCGAAGAAUUAGCACAGGCCGAGGUCCUGACCGUGAUUGAAUGGGCAACAAAGCAAGCUUACAUGAACCAAGACGAAACAAUUGAGAUAUUGUUGCAGGAGGCCAAGAGUAGGUUGGAGCUUUAUCAGUCUAGAGGCUCAAGGGCAUUCUAUUGAUUCCAGAAAAAAAAAAAGGUUUAGUAGUUUCGUGUAAUUGGUGAAAGAAAAGAAUUUUCAUUAUUUUAUUUCUGUUUGGUCAAUCUCAUGGAGUGUAAAUACAAUUACUUGCCCUUUGUAAUUGUUUAAAAGAUUCUCAGUCCUUUGAGGAAGCUGUUUCUCUCUGUGUUUUGUUUCUCCCACCUCAAACAUGAACCUAUCUGCAUAUACUACUUUCGGAUUCUAGAACUUUCCAAUCUUCCUUUUCUUUCCCUCAACCUUCCGGGGAAUCCAGAAAUAGAGUAGACAGUUUUUACUUUUUCGGGUCCAAAUUCUCCUAAAAAUGCUGAAAAUGGUUAAAUAUUGCGUUAUAUGCAGAAAAACUACAA